UUGUCAGACAUUCAGUUUGUCCCGCGCUUUCAUCAUGUCCAGAUGUCUGCUUCCCUGUCUGCUAGCAUGUCUUAUCUCCUCUGUCUGGACCGCAGACCAAGGAGAUGGAUGUCAAGGUUCUCAAGCCGAACAAUUCCCUGUUGUGAUGACCCCGUCGGGCCCCAUCCGAGGGUCCAUGAUGCAGACACGGCGCGGGCGGGCCUUCGAGGCCUACCGGGGAAUCCGAUACGCUGAGCCUCCUGUCGGUGAACUAAGAUUUCAGCCACCAGUUCCCAUCAUGUCAUACAAUGAAAAGGUGAAUGCGACUACGGAAGGUCCCGCCUGCCCCCGGCCAGCGCGCCAGGGCUACUACCUAGAUGAAGACUGCCUCAGAAUUAAUGUCUACACGCCAAGCCACACAAGUGGUCAACGUUUACCUGUGGUGUUCUACAUCCACGCGGGAGGCUUCUAUGUAUUCUCCGGGCGCAGUGAUGUGGCGGGUCCGCACUACCUGCUGGACCGAGACAUUGUUCUCGUCACCAUCAACUACCGUCUCGGCUCACUAGGCUUCCUGUGUACGGGCGACGAGGUGGCACCGGGCAAUAACGGGUUCAAGGACCAGGUGGCGGCGCUGCGCUGGGUGCGUCGCAACAUCGCUGCGUUCGGCGGCGACCCCGACCUCGUCACCAUCACCGGGUGCAGCGCGGGCUCACAUAGCGUCUUCUUACACAUGUUAUCGCCAAUGUCCAAAGGUCUCUUCCACCGAGCAAUAAGCAUGAGCGGGUCUCCAAUAGGCAGCUCGCUCAGCCCGCACCACCUGAAGAGCCUCGCCGUGCGCCAGGCCCAGCUCCUCAAUUGCAGCACCACCAGCUCCACGGAGAUCAUCGACUGCCUCAAGACCAAGAGUUGGAGAGAUAUCGGUUACUCCUUGCGAGGAUUCUAUGAGUUUGGGUUCGACCCAGUGCGCAUUUGGCGACCGGUGGUGGAGAAGGACUUCGGCCAGGAGCGGUUCCUGGUGGAGCAGCCGCUGGACGCGGUCCGCGCGGGCCGCAUGCACCCCGUACCGUACAUCAUCAGCCAAACGAGAGACGAGUUCUUCUGGAUGGCAUUUUAUCCACUAAGGAACGAUACUCUGCGGUCGAAAUUCAACAAUGAGUGGGAGACGGUCGCCCCCAUUUCGUUCGUGCUGCCCCGGGACAACGUUAGUGCGCAGGUGACGCGACUGAGACAAGUGUACCUGGGGAACAGGCCACUGGCCAAUGACGCAGAGAGUGCCAGCAGACUGGGGAAGCUGUACGCUGAUGCUAUUGUAGGCUUUCCAGUACACAGACUCGCCAACCUGAUGUGCCGGCACUCCCCCUAUCCCGUGUACUACUACGAAUUCGCGUACAUCGGCAACCACAGCCACUACGAGGACCCCGUCACCAACAAGCCCACAGGCGCGGUGCACCACGAUGAUUUGAUCUACCUGUUCUCGCUGCGCUACCGGUUCCCGGACGUGCCCGCCACCGGCCCGGACGCUGACCUAGUCGACAAGAUGACUGCAAUCUGGUACACAUUCGCAAAGACAGGAGACCCGAACGCAUACGGAGGUUUGGAUCUGCCCGAGUUGAGCGGGCUGCACUGGCCCGCCAUGACGCCUGACAAGCGCAACUACUUAGAAAUCAACAAACAGUUGACAGUGAAGACGAAUCUCAAAGAAGAUCGCAUCAAACUGUGGGAAGAAUUGUUUCCGAUUGAAUAUUAACAAAGCUUUUUGAAUUAUGUAUCUUUAUAAGAAUUUUUAAUAUAACAAUUAUUGAAAAUAUUUCAUGUGUACACUGUUUAAUAUAAUCCCCUUGGCAUUGCUAAAAUCA